GCCAUCAAUGCCAUGGAUAACAAUCUCCAUUUUUCCCAUAUCAGAGCGUGACAUCAACUCCAGAAUGUAUCCAGCAGGUCUGCUACGUUGGAAAAUCGCUCGCGACAAUGACACCGAGCUUGUGGCACAGGCCCUUCAGAUAACCACAGCAUACUUUUUCUCCUCCCCAGCCAACUGCGUAUCUCGACAGUUGCCACAUGCUUUCACCGCUUAUCCAAUUGGGUCCAGAACUCGGAAGACGCGUGCGAUAAAAGCUCAGGAUGUGCUGAAGAACAAUUAUGGUAUUACGUAUGGUAGGACAAGGUAAAGGGUGUUUGUCUGCUUGAAGACUUCUUUCGUGUCUUUUUCCUUCCUUUCCUUUCCUCUCCAGCCCAUCCAUCUCCUGUCUCGCCCCUCGGCCCAAACCUGCAGUCUUCUGGUGCCCGACCAGCUUUCGCAGACUUUUAAGACUACAAGCAAGAUGUUCGAAUUCCUAGACACCGUCGAUCGUGGUCUGCCCUCAGAGCGAAACAAGCAAGGCAUCCCAGUCAGACCCAGUGUAUCCCUUCCAACCUCGCGGAACAACAGCACGACGUCCAUCGAUUCCUUGCAGUCCUUGCGGUCCGAGCCCGGUUGGAUGACCAGCAUGAACGGCGUCGACCGCAGUCGCGCCACCUCUACGAGCAGCCAAACCUCGAACAAAUCCGGCUCAUCCGGCGCAUUCAGCAAAUUCUUCAAGAGCAAGAAAGACAAAAAAGACACAGAGAGAGUCGUCAUCACAUCCCAACACGCCGCAGCCGUGCGGGCGAAAUUGGCCCGCGACUCCAGAUUCGACAAAUACAGAAAGGCAGUAGCGAACAAAGACAAGAAAACCACACCCAGAGUCGUGGGGAUACUGAGUACUCAGCACCUCACCGCCGAACAGCAGGAAUUGAGGCAUCCUCAUUCCGGUCCGCCCGCACUGUCUGCAGCGGGCGACAAAGUGGACAUGCCUGUCCUCGCUCGCAUCGUCAGCGGCGACGAAGCCGACGAGGCAGACCAAUGGGAGCGCAUGCGCGACGAGUGGAAGGAGAGCACGAUCCCCGACGUGCAGAUGCUGCAAGUCAUCGAAGGCGAGGGUCUUGAGAGUGGGAGUUCUUCGGGCACUUCGACGCCGCAGUCGCGAGAGAUCGAAUUGGUGACAGUUCCGCCGUCAAAGGUUGUCGAGCGGGAAGGCGUGAGAUUACUGGCCGUGGCGGACAAGGCGCUCAAUUUGCGACCAAAACCGGUGCGAAGACAUACACCGAUUGGAGGAAGAUAUACCAAGGAUGAGCAUGGAGUUUGGAAGAAAUGAGCAUCGAUUUGAAGCCUUCCGAAUGUCAUUCACGGAAAUUUAAGGGAAUAUCCGACGAAGCCGCCUGCUCACCUCUGUCUUGGCCACCGUCUUCUCUCCUCCACGGCACCAGGCUGGCCACCACCUCUGUGAACACCACCAAUGUAUGGCGAUAAAUAUACCCCAGACUGGAUCGCCCUCUCUUCUCUGUACAGCCAGACCCCAUGGGAACCCCUGUUUAGGGUUUGAUCCCCUCGCGAGAGAAACAACCCAGACCCGAGCGAGCUCCAACAUGGGACUCAAGGAAACAUCGACUACUGUGGUAUACCCAGCAUUGGCAAGGCUGAGGCGGGUAUCAGAUACUGAUAUACCUUACACAGUAGCCAUGUUCUGCGCGUGCUGAAGAUGGUCGUGGCUAUAUCUCCCUGAUAAUCAUAAUGCGGACAAAUGUUCAACGACGAAAUGGAAUGAUUCUCGGACUUUAUUUUGUCCACUUUAUACCUUAUUAUUAUUUC